AUGGUUGUUGGUACAGUGCCUGCACAAUUCCCCCAAGUGAUAUCACCUUCGGACCGACGGAUCAAAACCGACAUUGAAGAUGUUGAUGAAGACGAUAUUCUUCAACGAUUACAGACGCUAGAAAUCAAGCAAUAUCGAUACACGGAUGAGUGGAGACGAAUUCGUGGCAUUGAAGAUUCAGUUGUGCGAGGUGUUAUCGCCCAGCAAGCCCACGAAACUUUCCCAGAAUACGUGAACGUUGGAGACUUCUACCUCAACGAAAGCGAUUUCGGUCUGAUGAACUUUCACCAGAUCGACAAGCAGAAGAUCAUUCUCGAUCUUGUUGCUGCAAUUCACGCGCAGCAUCGCCGUUUCCGUGUCUCUGUCAACGCGCCCGACAAGAGCGGCGAUGUUACUGUGUCAAGUGCUGAUUCCGAGACCUUUGCAACCAGUAACGGGGCAGCAUCAACUGGUUCUGUAUCUAUUGAGUCUGGUGCUUCUCGAUCAAGUUCGUCUGGCAGCGUCCAAAUCGUUUCAGGUGAUGCUCCUAACGGUCAAGCUGGAAACAUUGUGAUUGGUGUUGGUGACGGCGCUGACCACGGCGGCAGCAUCUCACUGGAGGGAGGAACAACUACCGGAGACUCUGGCGAUUUGAUCAUGGCCACUGGAAACACCAAUUUAGGUUCCACCGGUUGGGUUGAGCUUGUAUCUGGUGACUCCGCUAGCGGCAACAGCGGCAGCGUGGUGAUUGGCGCAGGAUCCAGUGCUGCAGGAAGUGGCGGGCAUGUAAUGCUUUCCGCCGGGGCGUCAGGAUCUAGACCAGGCGGCUCAGUGGACGUACUAUCUGGUGCUUCAGCAGGCGGUCCCUCGGGCAAUGUUUCAAUCUCAUCAUCAUCGAACUCUGGCACUAAAACUCGUGGAAGCGGUAACGUGACGCUGACAACCGGAGACGCUGAGACGAACGUGGGGUUGACGUCCAUCACGGGAGGUUUUUCACAGACCGGAAGUGGAGGUAGCGUGCUCGUCGAUGCCGGUGAUAGCUCGAAGGGUAUUGGCGGGACAGUGAGUAUCGUGUCAGGGACGUCCAUUACAGGCGACUCGGGAAAGGUGAACUUGAGCUCGGCUGCGGUUUCGUCUGCAGCAAGCUCUGGGGCUGCAUCGGGCACGGUGUUGGUGGCGACUGGAGAUUCAAGUGCGAUAGCCGGUACGAUGAGCAUUGCGGGGGGUAGGGGUGGUGUAAGUGGUGGCAAUUUGACGCUGACUGCGGGAUUUAGCGGAUUGCAAGCUGGUGGAAACGUGAACGUUUCUGCUGGUGGUAGCUCUACUUCGGACGGAGGAGGCACACUCAUAUCUGGCGGAUGGAGUAACAAUCAGACCUCUGGCAGAGUAGAACUGCAUACGCGGUCUGGUCGGGCCUCUGGUGCGAUUAGAUCAACGACCGGUGCGUCUAGUCAAAACAGCGGUGUAAUACUGUUGAGUACGGGCUCUUCGGUGGAUGGCAAUAGCGGCAGUAUUGGACUCCAAACUGGUCGGAGCGCCAAAGAUGCCGGAAAUGUAACCGUCGCUGGAGGGAGCAGUCACUAUGCUAUGGGCGGCGGCCUGACGUUGACUUCUGGUGGUACUGAAUUUAGAAGUGGAAGGAGCGGUAGUGUUGCUAUUGCAAGUGCUGAUACGUCGAGCGGGAUGGUGUCAGGAUCUGUAUCGGUUGUCUCCGGUAGUAUUGGCAGCGGGUCAAGUGGUUCGACGCUUCGCAACUGGUAG